GGUGAAAGUAAACGAAUACGAGAUAAGCUGCUACACGGGGAAUAAAAAGGAACGUAAAAUAUAAAGAGGAAUUAGCGAGGAGGUGGAGGAAGCAAGCAGAGAGUGGAGACGGAGGGAUAAAUCGCAGAUCUGUCCAUCGUGGCCGUGUCCUCUACCUUGAAGAACAGAGCAACGCGCGUGAUUCUCUCUUUUGCGCUGCUCCGAUUCUGAGGGUGUUUUCUCAGAGCUCUGCGCUGGUUGUUUUUCAUUUCAUGAGAGUGAGAUUCCAUGGCAAGCAUUGCUGGAAAAUUUGCUCCUUCUAAUGGGUCUAUCUAUGUGUGCAACUUGCCUUAUGGGACCGACGAUAAUAUGUUGGCUGAAUAUUUUGGCACCAUUGGAGUAAUAAAGAAAGAUAAACGUACAGGGAGACCUAAAAUAUGGUUAUACCGAGACAAAGAGACUGAUGAACCAAAGGGAGAUGCUACUGUAACAUAUGAGGAUCCGCAUGCUGCUGUGGCUGCUGUUGAAUGGUUUAACAACAAGGAUUUUCAUGGCAAUACAAUUGGAGUUUAUAUAGCGGAGUCAAAAAACAAGGACGACCAAACAUAUAAUCCAGUAGUUGAGCCGGGUGUUGCUGAUAAUGUUGUUGGACCGGAGGAAACUGAAGGUGAUGCUAAUGGUGUUAGUGGAAGAGGUAGAGGGCUAAUUGAUGCUUCUGGCAAACCAUGGCAACAAGAGGGCGAUUGGUUGUGUCCGAAUACAAGCAGUUGCUCCAAUGUGAAUUUCGCUUUUCGUGGUGCGUGUAAUCGCUGUGGAACUGCUCGCCCAGCUGGUGCUUCUGGUGUUGCAGGAGGAGGUGGCCGUGGCAGGGGACGUUCUGGACAAGAUUCAGGGGGUAUUGGCCGUCCAGUUGGUGCAACUGCAGGACUUUUUGGUCCCAAUGACUGGCCGUGUCCAAUGUGUGGCAACAUCAAUUGGGCAAAGCGGUUAAAAUGCAAUAUUUGCAAUACAAACAAGCCUGGGCACAACGAGGGUGGUGUAAGAGGAGGUCGAGCUGGAGGUUACAAAGAGCUUGAUGAAGAGGAAAUUGAAGAAACUAAACGCCGCCGGAGGCAGGCUGAAGAUGAUGGUGAGCUGUAUGAUGAAUUUGGAAACCUUAAGAAGAAAUUCCGUGCCAAAACACAGCAAGCUGAAGCUGCACGAGUGCUUCCUGGUUCAGGGCGUGCUGGUUGGGAGGUCGAGGAACUAGGGAUUGACAGAGAUGCUAGAGAAAAAAGCAGAGACAGAGGAAGGGACUAUGAUGAUGGAGAGCACAGGAGCAGAGAGCAAAAUGAAAAGGAGAGGCAAAGCAGUCGUAAUAGAGAGAGGGACAGGGGAAGAGAUCGAGACAGGGAUUAUGGGCGAGAUCGGGACCGAAAUAGACACCGAUAUUAAAAAUAGCAGUAGAAGUGCAUUCCGAUGUUUUGACUUCCAUGAUGUGUUUCCUUUUUGGCAAAGGAUUUCAAUUGUUUUGAAUUAAAUCCUUGAAUUUGGGGUUUGACAUCCUGCAAUCUGAUGAAUGCGCGGACAUUUGUAUAACCUAAGAUAUUUUUGCUGUUGGUAUUUCUUUGGACAGAUUUCUACUUGAGAACAUUCACAAUAGUUUGAACUUUGAACUAUUAGUUUGUUGUCUGCCAUUUUUGUGUAUCUUGUUUUCCGAAAUAAGUGAUAAUCUGGAGAAAAAAGUGGUUUUUGGUAGUCCAGUCCAGGGGUGGUAUUUGUAAAGAUAGAAGGUGGCACUCAUGGAAGGUAUUUAUACAGCUUAAACUGAAGUCU